GUUGGAGCGGGCCAUCGAAAAAGAGAUGAAAGUCGAGCAAUGGCCGUACGCCCGCAAGCGAUAACGGAUUUGCAAAAUACUUGCUAGGAAGGCAAGCAGGCAAGCACACACUGCAAACUUGGAGCAGAAGCCUGUUCUGUGUGCUAAAAACUUCCAACCUGGUUAUUUGAAAUGGAAUGCAUUAAAUCAUGAUGUUGAUCUUAUCUUAUUGUCAUGGCAACAUCUGAUGGUUAGGCGAUGAAGUACCGCCCCGACUUGGAUCUUGCCCUUCCUGGUUUGUUUGUUCACCACAGACAUCAUGUCACGAAAAAUCACUAUCCGCGUUCCCGCAUCGACUUCAAACAUUGGGCCGGGAUUCGAUGUGUUGGGAGCAACACUCUCCCUCCAUCUCACGCUGACAGCCACCUUGUCGCCCACCUUACAGUCCGUCAGCAUCACAUACACUGGGAACAACCCUCACACGGUGCCAUUGACAGUCCUUGACAAUCUCAUCACACGAACAGCCUCGUACAUUGCUGCUGUGCACAAUGUCUCGCUUCCGCCUAUGGACCUUCACAUUGAUAACCCUAUUCCACUUGGCAGAGGUUUAGGUUCAUCAGGCGCAGCUGUGGUUGCUGGCGUGAUCUUGGCCAACCAAGCAUGUCAGUUGGGUUUGAGUAAAGACAGAAUGCUGGACUUUUGUCUGGUUAUUGAGGGCCACCCUGAUAACAUUACGGCGAGUUUGAUUGGGGGCUUUUGUGCGAGCUAUCUGGCAGCCAGUGUAGAGCAGGAGCAUAGAGAGUUACAUGAAUUGGAGAAGAGCGGAAAGUUGAUUCCUAAAUUGAACGGCGUGGCGAAUGGGAGUGUUGGGUUGCCCGUACCUCCGAUUGAAAACAUUGGGCGAUACGUCCGGUUACCGCUUUCGAAAGCCAUUCGGGCUGUUGUGAUCAUUCCAAAGUUUGAAUUGUCAACAAAGUUGGCGCGAAGUGUCUUACCGGAUGUAUACCCCCGAGCAGACGUUGUCUUCAAUCUGCAACGUCUCGCUGUUUUGACGUCAGCUCUGUGUGCCGAAGUACCCUCCCCGGACAUUGUCUACACCGCCAUGCAAGACAAGAUCCACCAACACUAUCGUCAGCACCUCGUUCCCGGUCUCCCCCAAAUCCUUGCAUUGACACCUCAGGAUCUACCCGGAUUGUUGGGCAUAUGUGUAUCUGGUGCGGGACCGACAGUAUUGGCACUAGCAACAGGCAACUUUGAAGAGAUUGGAGCAAAGGUGCAGGGAAUAUGGACGUCGAGCGUGGGUGCGGAUGGGAAACCUAUUGAGAGCGAGGUUCUCAUAUUGGAUGUAUUGAAAGACGGAGCAUCUUGGGAGAGUGUAGAUUUGUAGUUUCUACACAUAUUUAUGUAAAUUACACAUAGACAACAGAUUCGUUCUUUAGUACGUUUUGAAAUGUAGCCGUGCAUGGACAGACAUGAAAACAGCGAUAUCUUUGCUCGCCACAAGCGUCAACCGCGC